AUGGGCACGAGCAAACCACAACAGAAGAGGGCGGCGGCAGAAAACAGAAAACGAAGAGGCGCGCAAAGGCGACUCGAACAGGACAGCAACACAAGAGAUAGAGCCGCACGGCCCAGCUUAGAUCAGACGGGGGAACACCAGCCACCGCGACCCCCACUGCACACCCCCCACACCAACGCGAAGACCAGGGAGGCCACGCACAACGCCAGAACCACAAAAGCGACACGCACCCCAACUGACAUACCCCAGACCAACCCAAGCGGGAACGCAAACUUGCUGAACCCAAGCAGAGACAUAACCCCCAUCUGGGGGGGGGGGGGAGGAGAACCCAAAACACACGAACCAACAGAAGCUUGGAUCCACAAGCCUCACAAACCCCGGGCGACAAGUAAAGGGGCGGGGGGGUGUGGUGGGCGGCAAAGCUCACACAGGGGACCAGGGGGCGCGGCACCACUGGAGGCAAAAGACGCGCACGAAGGGGGUCGGGAGACCAUAACAACGACUAGCCAGGCCAACCGACGGUCUUGCCGGGUCACGGUGACCCGGAAAAAUCAGGAGACACAAACCAGCACCGACGGCCUUGAAAUCCCGAGCGACUACCGCACCAAACUAGGACACGGGACGACGACCCACGCCCUACCCCCACAAUCAAGGAUGGCGCACACACCCGGCCCAGGUCCCCUUCAAGAGGGACAGUCCGCCCCCCCAAGCAAGCACCGCGAGCCAAGGACGCACCCACCCCAGAACGAAACGAACAACCACUCACACCAGGGCAGCUAA